UCAAUCUUUAAUCUGAAAGUUGCAUUUUUUUUUUCUGGGUUGUUGGUGGUGUUCGUCCUUGUCCCCAAAAAAUCGGAUUUUUAUUUAGUUGUUACAAUGGCACCCAGUUUUGAUUGUGUUUCAAGCCUUCUCUGUGCGGAAGACAACAGUGUUUUUGACGAAAACGAUUAUGGGGGUUCGGUGGAGAUUUUGGAGGACACAUGGCAACAUCAUAGAUAUCAUCGAAACCAUAGUCAAAGUCAGCACUUUGGUGACCCAAAUAAUGGGUUGUUGCCGCCAUUGCAGAGUGAUGAGUGUUUGGCUCAAAUGGUGGAAAAGGAAUGCCAUCACUUGCCUUGUGGUGAUUAUGUGAAUAGGCUGAGAAGUGGGGAUUUGGAUUUUGGGGCCAGAAAGGAGGCCAUUGAUUGGAUUGAAAAGGUCCGAGAGUACUUUGGUUUUGGACCCAUCUGUGUAUAUCUAUCCAUAAACUAUUUGGAUCGCUUCCUUUCUGCUUAUGAAUUACCAAAGCAAAGAGCUUGGACAAUGCAGUUGUUGGCUGUAGCAUGCUUAUCACUGGCAGCCAAAAUAGAAGAGACUGAAGUUCCUUUGUGUCUUGAUUUGCAGAUAGCUGAAUCUAAGUAUGUAUUUGAAGCUAAAACAAUACAGAGAAUGGAGCUUCUGAUAAUGAGCACAUUGAGGUGGAGAAUGCAAGCAAUUACCCCUUUUUCCUUCAUUGAUUACUUCCUUUGCAAGAUCAAUGAUGAUCAAAGUCCAAUAGGAGCUUCAAUUUUGAAAUCAGUCCAACUUAUACUGCGUACUGUAAGAGGAAUUGACUUCUUAGAGUUCAGACCCUCAGAGAUUGCAGCAGCAGUGGCAAUAUCUGUGGUGGGGGAAGCUCAAACAGUUCACACUGAGAAAGCAAUUUCUGUUCUGAUUCAGCUUGUAGAAAAGGAGAGAGUUUUGAAGUGUAUUAAUAUGAUCAAAGAGCUGUCACCAAAUCGUGGUUCUGCUAAGGACACUAUUGCUUCUGUUUCUAUUUCUGUACCUUGUGUGCCCCAAAGUCCAAUAGGGGUGUUGGAAGCUGUAUGCUUCAGCUACAAAAGUGAUGACACAAAUGCUGCUUCAUGUGCAAAUUCUUCACAUAAUAAUAGCCCUGAUGCUAAAAGGAGGAAGCUAAACAAAUCCUUUGGAGAAUAGCUAUUAUGAGUUGGGAUUUUUACCUUCAUUCCUAGGAUGCUUUUCUUAAAAAAGAUGUUGUGUGUUUUAUGGAAGGAGCCCCCGUCAAGGGAAUACCAAUCAAGGAAGAGAAAAAUAGAUAGGGAAAAUGAAAAAAAAAAAAAAAAAAAAAGCAUAAAGGAUGCCAAAAAGAUAACGUGGAUCUUGAGUGACAAAUGGGAGAUUUAAGGAACGGAAUCAACACAUUUCUUGCUUUAAGCAAGAAGUGACCAGUCACAUAGAAGCUGUUAAAUAUUUUAUAGGAUGGAAGUGGUGAAAG